AUGAGCGCAACCUAUGUUACAGCUUCCGUCGGAGGCACAUCUGAUCCCGAUGCACAACAACAACAACAACAACAACAACAGCACCAGCACCAGCACCAACAACAAAAACAACAGUCGCCAAAGUCGGACGAUAAUGCUGUCCAAAGUUUAGAGGCGCCCGAGCCAGCCGGUAGCCUCAGCACAACAAGAGUUGCUGACCAGCCGCCUUUUGAAUCAGACCAUGGCCUAUCCUUCGCUGAUCUUCCACCAGACUUGGCUGAGCUCCGCUUCUCUGAGUACCCGAACCAGCAUCCUGGACAUUUGCCAACAAUUUAUCCCAGGCAACAACAACAGCCCGAUAAUAAUAAACACGACGACGUCAACGUAAACGACAACCUCGACAAAACCACUCACAGCCGCAAAUCACUUAACGUCGCCGCCUUCCUGCAAAACAACAUCACCGCCCCAGUGAUUGUCCAUCAACCGCCAGACAUCACACAACCACCGCUUGCAUGCCCUGAUGCAGAUGCACUCGACGAUUCUUAUACUCAAACAUCACAACGACAGACUUCCGUUUCACCCGCACGAAUCACUGCACGAAGACCCUCGCCAGGCUUGGCCGCGCGGUUAAAAGCCCUCGGUUUCGGCUCCAGCAACUCCCAGAAAGAAACCCAAUCCGCUGCCGCACUACGCGCCGAAGCUAUCGGCCGUCUCGACGAAGAACAGCUUCGGCAGCUUGACCAAGGUCACCAGGCCGGGUCCGAAGCACCGAUCGUCGAACGACGCGGCAGACCCUGGAAAGGCGCCCUCGUUCGUAUCCCGUCGAAGGCCAGUCUGAAGGGGCUGAAAUUCAGGUCCGGCAAAAGAAGCCCAAGCUUGGUUUCACCUUCGGACGCUGAGGCUGCCGUCAGUUCGGCUGCAGCUGUGACCUCGGAGGUCCCAGAGGGCCCUGAACUGCUGCCAGAGAUUGACACCGUGCCCGACCUGACCAUGGAUACGAACAAGUUUCGACUGCCGGAUCACAGCAACGGCAAUGGGACAAAGUGUCAGCCCGAGACACGUCAACAGCACCUGGAUAGGGAUAGCACCAUCAUGUCACCGACGACUCCGGAUGAUGAAAGGCCGCCUCCGCCUCCAAAAGAUUCGCCACCCCUCUCAUCAGCAACCACACCCGCCACCGACUUCAGCCAGGAGAUUCAUUUCAACCCUCUAGGCCUGCAGCGGCCAGGGUCGAUAUACACGUUAUCCCGCGCCUCAUUCUCGAAUCAGCUGGCCCAACUGACGUCCCUUCAGCUCCCUGAUGCCAAUUCUUUGUCGGAAAAGGUUGCUGCCAUAUCAACCGCUCAGUCCGCCGCAAGAGCACUGAUCGGUGCAGCCGAGCAAAUUAGGAAUUGGAUCUCGAAAGCUUCCGAGGUUAUCAGCGGCUUGGACAGCGACGAUGACGUCGAGUGGUCGGCCGCAGGCGGUAGAGAAGGCCUGGAGGAGGUAGAGAAUGCCAUAAGUCGGUUUGAAAGCCUGAUCAAGGUCUAUCUCUCUGCCAUCGAAGCGCUCAACAAUCGCCCCGACAUUGGCUCGGUUGCUCCCGAGGACCUUGCCAGGACUGUCAUGCAGAUGGAAGCCAUUACUAAGGAGUGGGCCAACAUUCACGUCACGUUGAAUUCGGUCAAAGGCCAAGUUGAGAUUGCUAUGGAGUGGGAGGAACUGUGGAAUAUGGUGCUGGGAGAUAUCCAGAACGAGAUGGAUGAGCUUUGCAGGCUUGUUUUCGAGAUGGAGGAACGUCGACAUAAGUCCAUGCUGGCCGUUGCUAACAGUCAAGAUAAUGUCGACAUCGGGGACUUGGAGACAAUAGUCGAGGAGACGCCUCCUGCAGCCACAAGGUUACAAGCCGCUAAGAGCCAUCGUUUUAGCCUGCCAGCGUUCCCCGCCAGCCCUAGCUCGCCUGGCGUACCAAAUUUGACGCAGGAUGACUCGAGCCUACUGGCUCUAUUUGCGAGGAUGCAGCCGUUGCGUGCCUCGUUGGAUUUCCUCCCCAUGAGACUCUCUGUUUUCGCUGCAAGGGCUGAAAAGACAUUCCCAAGCGCCGCUGAAGAGCUCGAAAUGAGAAGAGAAGACCUGGACAACAGCUAUAAGAAGCUCGAGAAGGAUGCAGAGAAUCUGCGCAAAGAGCUUGGCGAGGACCGCUGGAUCCUCGUCUUUCGCGGUGCGGCCCGACAAGCACAAAAGAUGUACGAAUCGGUGGAGCGUAGCGUAGCCAAGAUCAAGGAGUGCGUGGACGCUGGCCUGAACUUGACGAACCCUGCCUUGAUGUGUAAAAAGAUCGAGAGCUAUGAAGCGAAGAAGACACAUUACAGCCCUGCAAUUGAGCGUGUUCUCUCGAUCAUCGACCGCGGCAUCAAGGAUCGAUUGACAGUCAACGGGGAGAUUGUGCGCUUGCAUACAGAACUCCAAACCAAGUGGGACGAAAUGCGAGACCGCAUGCGUGAGAUGGAUCUUUGCUUGGAUGAACUUACAAUGGACGACAAAGGGCAGGCACUUCGGGACUCGAUAUCAACUAUGCUCUCAAACGACAUGUCUGGACUUGGAAGCGGGCACGAAACGCCCCAGAGCUCGCCGCCGUCAUCAGUAAUAAUGUCGGGUCUGGGCCUCGAGACUCCGACCUCAAAGAUUUUGAACAAACGGAGAUCAGUGUCCGGUAACGCCAGCGGUCUCCCGAUGCCAACGAACCGGAGGAGCAUGUCUGCUGUUGCACCCUCGCAGCAGCAGCCUCGAAAGCCGAUCUCAAGACUCUCAACCACGGGGGGUCUUGGCAGGGACAACUCAUUAACACCAAUGGCGAAGCCUCGAUCGAGCACCACCCGUCCGUCGAACAAUCCCAUCCCUAGCCGGCCCCGAUGGAAUUCUUCUGUUAACGGCGUAGAUACCGGCCACAACUUCAAGCCAUUGGCGGUCGAGCCUCAGAGCACCCCAUCCCCCCGUUCCAGCGCCACUAAGAUGCCGCUACGUAGCCCUCUGAGUGGCCGCGCAGGCUCCGCAUCGCCGAUGCCCGACGCAACACCUUCGAAACCCCCCAGCAGCCAUAGCCGAUACUCAUUCCGUGAGAGGCUGACCUCCCCUGGUCCGUACUCACAGCAGGCUACUGCAGCAUCGAGGAUGAACCAGGCGCGCUUGACAGCCCAGUCAUCUUCGACUGCUUUGGGCAACCGCAGGUCAUCUCUCCAGCCACCGGGCCGGCCUACUGUCGAUGCGCCUCUGGGCACCAGCCCUGCGCGUCCGGCCAGCUCCAUGGCGACAACAAAUCCACGCCGGACGAGUGCUUUGCCGCAAAGCAGCGGAAGUAUGGGGCUUGCCAGGGAUGGGGUGGUCCGAAGUACCAGCGUCUCAGGCCGCAAUACACCUUCGACGCAGCGGGCGCCGUUCCGCAAGAGCCAAACAGAGAAGCCAAUGGAUGCAAAACCAAGAUGGAAAUUUUAA